AUGGCAGCAACAUUGACGCUGGUGGUAGUUGUUGGGAUGCGGUGCUAUUCUUUACUCUGUGUUGACCAAAGAACUAUGCUUGGUCAUAGGAGGUUUUCUUUGUCCGAUUCUGAGCUGAAUUCUAGUGCUUCUCCAGGAUCAUUUUACUAUUGUUUAUGUGUUCUUCCUGCGUAUUCUCUCAUAGUUUCUGCUAUGUUGGGAUGUUCUGCGAUCCUCUCAUGUGGGUCUACUGUGUUCAUCUAUAGUUGCAGUUCUUGCCCGAGGUCUAUGUGUUAG